AUGCCAAUUGACUAUUCUAAGUGGGAUAAAAUCCAGCUAUCGGAUGACUCAGACAUUGAGGUUCACCCCAAUGUUGAUAAGCGAUCUUUCAUCAGGUGGAAGCAACAGAGCAUUCACGAGGAAAGGGUUAAGAGAAACAAUGACAUCAAAAAUUUAGAGUUUCAAUUGAGCAUGAACUCGAGGCUAAAUCAAAGAGUAGAUAAGAUGGUGGCGCAUCUGAGCAAUCAAGAUUUGCUUAGCUUAGAUGCUGUACGGAAGUUUUUGAAUGCCAAUUUCGACAAGAACGAAAAGGGCCACGGUGACAACGUGGACCCCGACAUGCCACCAUACAAUGAAAUGGUCGAAGAUCUUUUUGAGCAGCUUGAAAUUAACGCGAAAAAGGCAGGAAAAGACCCUAAAGACGGGGCUGUUAUAAGAGAAAUGAUUGCGGAACACAGGAAGAAAAUAGAUCUUGUCAGCGAACAAGCGAAAGAAAAACUAGCUCAGCUCUAUGCAGAAAAAGCUUCACUUAUCUCUUCGGAUGAUAUCCAAACCGGAUUUGAUAAAGGGUUCGUGAAUAAAAGCUCCGGAUCCGAAGAUACCGAGGCAGCCAAAUACCUAUCGAAGGGCAAUGUCUCCAGCCCUUCAGCUGUGAACCUACCUCCUCCACCACUCCAGUUUUAUGAUUUCAAAGAUGAUGUGAUGAAACUUGCCCCAGAAACGGUAGAUUUUGGUGAAAUCUCGCCCAAAGACAUAGAAAAGUCAGAGGCUCAUUUACUGAAGAACUUACCCAUCAUCUCAGAACAGCAGAAAGACGCGCUAAUGAUGUCUGCCUUCGAAUACCAAAUUGAGGGUGAUUCGGAUCGGGCGUUCCAAGUUAUACAUCAGUCGGAGCUGAUCGCCUAUAUUAGAGAAAUAUAUGACAUGAAAAAGAUUCCUCAUUUACAAACUAAAGAGCUCACUGAAGUUAUCAAGAUGUUCUUUCAAAAAGUAUUUUAUUUUAAAGCCAACGAUCAAGGGAAGAAGGGAUUUCUAGACUCUGUGCAGGCUAAGUUCAACCAUGUCAAGGCACGUGUAAAGGUAAUGCAAGAGGAAGAGGAAAAUGCAGAAGGGGUAGAGACGAUACAACUAAAAUCACUGGACGAUUCAACCGAGCUGCAAGUCAACUUGCCCGAAUUUGAUUCAAGUGACCCAGAAGAGCUCAAAAAGCUUGAGGCGUUUAAUCGUCUUCCGAAAAAUAUGCAGGAUGCUGUUAAAACCCAAAGCUUGGACAAAAUCAACGAAGUUUUCGCUAAUAUGCCUAUAGCUGAAGCUGAAGCUAUUUUGGAUGUGUUCAAUGAUGGUGGUAUCAUCGGUAUUAAUGCUUUGCUCGAAAACGAGAGUGAAUUUCAAGAGUUGCAAGAAAAAUUCCAUAAUGAGCCUGACAAUCAGGCCACUAGUUCAUUUAUUGAUGAAGCACAGAACGGUGCUCAAGAAGUCCCAGACCUGGACGUGAAUACCUCUGAAAUAGUUGAUUAA